CCGCUACCGCCCAACGGCUUCAGCGGGUGUUUUUAAGGUUGUCCAAGCCUCCCAGCGCUGCGGCACGGGCGUGGCACCGCUGCUUCCUUUUUCUCCCCGCGGUGGGCCGCGCCCAGUGAGGUCAUCCCGUCCUCAUUGGCAUUUUUCACUUUGCCUCAUCUUCUUCGCUUCGUUUUCUUGUUCCUCGUGAGACACCGAAUCUUGUAAGUGUCACCGAAGAAUAUAGGCACCCAAGAUCACAGCCACUCUCGAGCUGCAUCAUCAGGCCCUGCCUCUCAGGCUUUCAAGCAGGCGUCCCGGCAGGUUCGCCUCAAAAAGGCAAGCAUUCUCUAAGGAUCUUGCUUGCGGGGCGCUGCCUGCAAUCAAAAAGCACGCACCCGCCAAGAUGGGUGACCGGCAUGAGGCGCAGGUCAGAUCGUGGGGGUUUUGGCAUGUUUUUACAUGGAGUGAUGGGCCAAACUCGCACUAUGCUCCCCACUCGCACAGCGGGCUGACAACGCAUCUUAUUGUCGAUGGCGAAAUGACCCUGUGGUAUCCUGACGAGCCGGAUCGUAAAAAGGUAACAUAUGGCGUCGGGUCCAGAGUCGACGUGGAGGCUGGGCGAGUGCACGAGGUUUGGAUUGGGAGCCAAGGUUGCACGUACGUGAUUGGAGAAUGAGCUUCGGCGACUCAGACGGGGAUGAGAUGCAACGCCACAAACUCAGCUUGAAUACAUUCAACGGAAAUUUGAAGGCAAGGAGAGCCCGAGGCAAGCAUGUGUCCGUGUCCGGAUAGAGACGGAUUCUGUUGCACGUAACGCCGUGCCUAGAUUGUGGUAGUAGUUGUGGAAGAAAAAGUCAAAGAUGCGCAGUGUCUCACGCAUCAACUCCUAGCCAGUAGCAUUAGCACCAUGUCUGAUGUUGUGAUAUGGUUUUGGUGGUAAGAAAUGGAUACCUAGUGUGUAGCUAUGGAUACCAAUACUUGGG